AUGUCAAAGGAGAUUCUGAAAACAGGGUACUUAACCAAAUUUAAUCAGAGCAAUGAUUUCAACCUGAUCACCGAUAGAAUCUUUUUCAUUGAUGGUUCCAAUCAGAAACUGACUACCAUUCCAUUGGACAUUUUGGCAUUAAAAGAAUUGGAAGAAUUACAUUUGGAAAACAACCAGAUUGAAGACAUCCCCCCGGCUGUUCAGAAUUUAACGAACCUCAGGGUCCUCUACCUGAACAAGAACAACCUGAGGAUCUUGUGCCCGGAGCUGGGGUCGCUGGGCAACCUGGAGGGGCUGGACCUGAGCCACAACCCGCUGCUCUGGGACUCGCUGCCGGUCAUCAGCUGCCUGCGCACCCUGCGAGAGCUGCGGCUCUACCACACCGGCCUGAGCGAGAUUCCCACGGUGAUCUGCAAAGCCCUCCAUCACCUCGAGCUGUUCGGACUGGCCGGAAACCAGCUCGAAUCUCUGCCCAAGGACAUAGUGAACCAGACCAAGCUGAGGGAAAUCUAUCUGAAGCAAAACCAGUUCAAAGAUUUCCCCCCGGAGCUCUGCGUCCUCUACAACCUGGAGAUCAUCGACCUGGAUGAGAACAAGCUCAAAUGCAUCCCGGAAGAAAUUGGGAACCUGACCAGGCUGCAGAAGUUCUACUUGGUGAAUAACCAACUGUCCCUCCUGCCCGAGGCGCUGGGCCAAUGCAGCCAGCUGUCGGUGCUCGACUUGUCCUACAACCUCCUCCACGCCCUCCCGCGCGCCCUGGAGGAGCUCGCACACAUGACGGAAGUUGGGCUGAGCGGGAACCGCCUGGACAAGGUGCCGCGCCCCGUCUGCAAGUGGACCGCGCUGCACGUGCUGUACCUGAGCAACACGGGCCUGGGGGCGCUGCGGAGCUCCUUCCGCAGGCUAGUCAACCUGCGCUCCCUGGACCUCAGCCAGAACCUCCUGGACCACUUUCCCAUGCAGAUCUGCGCACUCAAGAACCUGGAAGUCCUGGCGCUGGAUGAUAACGAAAUCAGGCAGAUACAUUUAGACUUGAGCCCACUUGUCAAACUGAAGACACUUGGACUUACAGGAAAUGAGUUCACUUCCUUCCCAGAGGAAAUCUUUUCUUUGCCAUCUCUAGAGAAAUUAUAUCUUGGACAAGACCAGGGAUCCAAGUUGAACUUCAUACCCGAAAAUAUUGGGAAACUGCAGAAUCUUAAAGAGCUGUACAUAGAGAACAAUCUCCUGGAGUACUUGCCCGCAUCCCUGGGAUCAAUGCCAAACUUGGAAAUUCUUGAUUGCCGGCACAAUUUGCUCAAGCAACUCCCAGAUGCCAUUUGCCAAGCGCAAGGUUUAACAGAGUUGCUGCUGGAGGACAAUUUACUCACCUGUAUCCCAGAGGACCUGGAUUGCCUUGUGAAUCUUAAGGUUCUGACCCUGACAGACAACCCCAUGACCGAUCCCCCCAUGGAAGUGUGUGCUGAAGGCAACGAGGCCAUAUGGGCCUACCUGAAGGAAAACCGAGCUCAGAAGAUAAGGGCGAUCAAGCUUCAGGCAUGGUGGCGUGCAGUCAUGGUGCGGAAAGGACUGGGGAGAUUUGAGGAAUUCAUAAGAUCACGAAGGAAAGGAAAAAUCUCUCCAAAGGAUAAGAAAGGAAAUAAGCAAGGAAAAGAAAAACGUGGAAAAGGACAUAAAAAAUAA